AUGGCCGACAAAAAGCUGCAAGAUGCUGUGGACAAGAUGGUGGACCGCUUGGAUCGCACGCUUCUCCGCGGCAUUCAGCGCGACGGCUACUUAUGUGCAGCGAAAGUAUUUGAAAACAAUACUUGGUCAUCGGAGCAAUUGGCAGCCGCUGUGGAGCGAUGCCAGAUGCCGAGUCAACAGCUGAACCAAUUUUUACAACAAGAAAUGCAAAAUUUUCAAAAUCGAAUUCAGCGCUGUGCCCAGGAUUGUCAAGACAAGGCACAAGAUGCUCUGUCUGCUGGCGGUAAUCCUAGUGAAAAGCAGAUUAAGCGAGCGCAGGAGGAUAUGGAUGCGUGCGUGAGUCGAUGCGUUGACUCGCAUAUAAGUUUGUUACCGAAUGUUAGCGCUCGUUUUGAAAAGGCUGUAACGCAGGUUAAGCAGCAGCAUUAA